AUGGGCAGAGGAAAAGCAGAUGGAGAAUUGAUUCAGCCUCGUCGCAGUGAGGACAGAGAGCAAGCGGAUUUAUACCACGCAGCCUCAGGACCCAUUGGAGUUGAGGAGGUUGAAAGAGAUAGCCACGGUUCGUUCCAAACCAAAGGCCAGCAGAUUCUUGUAUGUGAGCUUCAUUCUUCUCAGUCUGAUCAGCCGGAUGACUUUGUAGGUCUUGGUACUGAGAGAGAUUAUCUUGUGUUGGAAGAUCUUCAGAGGCAAGCGCUUUCAGUUGGGUGUGCACAACUAACAUAUUGCAGAGUGACGUCUCUAAGCUCUCCCAUGAUUUGGUCAUUAGUAGGGAUGGGAGGAGGAGGUGGUGGAGGUCCAGCUCGGCGAGAUAGAUGUUCUCUAGAAGUUGAGGUCUACUCCUCUUACUUUUCCAAGAUCUUGAGAACGACUUUGAUUAAUAGAAGGACUAACGAGAUCAGAGCUUCGCUGCCAUCAGGAAAGUCUACCAUGGUGUCAAGGACUAGCGAUUUCAGGCCAUCAACAAAGACCUUUAGCUUUGCUGAAGAAUUGAAUUUCUCCCAAGUCUACGCCAAUAGCUUUGAGCAUAUCCUGGUGCCAGUAAUGUUUUGGGAGUCCUUGGAUAUCAAUCCAAAAGGGGAUCUUAGAGGUAAAGGUGUCAGAGAUUGUAGGUUCCCACUUCUGAAGGAUGACCAUCCAUUGAUCAUAGUGUCAAAACAAAACUGGAAGCAGCCUCUUCCCAGAUCUGAACCCGUAGCUUUUCCUUUCAGAUUCCACCGGUUUGAGAGGAAAGGAAAGAGAGACCAUAAUCGUUGGAUAGAUGGGUUUGUGAGGCGAUCCAUUAGAGUUAGGGAAUUAGCUUCGAUGAGGUCUGAAGUGUCCAGUUCUGGUGCACGAAUUCUUCUUCGAAUUGGUGGGGAUAGUUCUCUCUCUAUUCAUUUACCUUUGAGAUGGUAG